UUAUGUACUUAUAUAUCUGGUUUUGGCAGCUGUAAUUCUACAAUGUAUCUUAGUCGGCUCUUAUUUUGAAGGCGGACUCACUAGUUCCGGUGGGUUUUAAUUGUCUCAGUUGCAUCAGAACAUAAAACAUCACUGCCUUCCUCAGCUCUCCAGAAACCCUUAAAAACAAGCAGAGAUGUGUGGUAUCUGGGCGUUGUUCGGCAGCGAUGAGUGCCUCUCGGUUCAGGUCACCAGCGCCAUGAGGAUCGCGCACCGCGGGCCGGACGCGUUCCGCUUCGAGAACGUGAACGGCUUCACGAACUGCUGCUUCGGGUUCCACCGGCUGGCCGUGGUGGACCAGCUGUACGGCAUGCAGCCGCUGCGCAUCAAGAGGUUCCCCUUCCUGUGGCUGUGCUACAACGGGGAGAUCUACAACCACCACACGCUGAGGAAGCAGUUUGACUUUGAGCACCAGACGGGGGUCGACGGGGAGAUUUUGCUGCACCUGUACGACCGCUUCGGGAUCCAGAAGAUGGCCUCGCUGCUGGACGGGGUGUUCGCCUUCAUCCUGCUCGACACCGCCAACAAGAAGGUGUUCGUCGGCCGAGACACGUACGGCGUCCGGCCGCUCUUCAAGCUGCUCACCGACGACGGGUUCCUGGCACUCUGCUCCGAAGCCAAAGGCCUCACAGAGAUCACCCAUGCCAUGUCGUCCCCGGCCAGCAUCGAGCCGCUCCUGCCGGGUCACUUCGAGGUGUUCGAUCUGAAGCAGGGCGGGAAAGUGCGGUCCGUUCAGAUGGAGGCGUUCCACUGCUGCACCAAAGAGCCGGCGCACGCCGUCUACGACACGGUGGAGACGCUGCCCACAGGUUUUGACGAGGAGACGGUGAAGAGCAACAUCAGGACUCUGUUUGAGAACGCUGUGAGGAAACGCCUCAUGGCUCAGAGGAGAAUCGGCUGUCUCCUGUCAGGCGGUCUGGACUCCAGUCUGGUUGCAGCCACUCUGGUGAAGCUGGCCAAAGAGGAGAAGCUGCAGUACCCCAUCCAGACGUUCUCCAUCGGGUCGGAGGACAGUCCGGACGUCAUCGCUGCUCGAAAGGUUGCGGCUCACAUCGGCAGCGAGCACCACGAGGUGAACUUCAGCGCAGAGGAGGGGAUCCAGGCCGUGGAGGACGUCAUCUUCCACCUGGAGACGUACGACAUCACCACCGUGCGAGCGUCCGUCGGGAUGUACUUGGUGUCAAAGUACAUCAGAGAGAAGUCGGACAGCGUGGUGAUUUUCUCUGGAGAGGGAUCUGAUGAACUCACACAGGGAUACAUCUACUUCCACAAGGCUCCGUCUCCCCGAGUGGCUGCAGAGGACAGCGUCCGUCUGAUGAAGGAGCUUUACCUGUUCGACGUCCUGAGAGCCGACCGGACCACCGCUGCACACGGUCUGGAGCUCAGAGUGCCUUUCCUGGAUCACAGGUUCACAGCGUACUACCUCUCUCUGCCCGACGACAUGAGGGUCCCCAAGCACGGGGUGGAGAAGCACCUCCUGAGGGACUCGUUCAGAGACCUGAACCUGAUCCCGGAUGAGAUCCUGUGGAGGCGUAAGGAGGCCUUCAGUGACGGCAUGAUGUCCGUGAAGAAGUCCUGGUACAUCCACCUGCAGGAGCACCUGGAGUCCAUGGUGAACGACGACCAGAUGGAGAAAGCUCCCCGGACGUUUCCUCACAUGCCCCCCCGCUCCAAAGAGGCCUUUUACUACCGGCAGGUGUUUGAGCAGCGGUUCCCGGGCCGGGCUCAGUGGCUCUCUCACUACUGGAUGCCCCGCUGGACCGACGCCACCGACCCCUCCGCUCGGACCCUCGCCAUCUACACCCCCGACAAGGAGCCGUGAAACGUUUACAGUGGGGUCAGAAUCAGCGUGUCAUAACCACUACAAACAGAACCACAAAAAAACACAUCACACUGGAGGGUCAGAGCUGCCCUUUGUCCUAAAAAUAAUCCGAAAAUAAAAGACAGGCGAGAAUUUAGUUUAAUUUCAACGAUCAAACAUACAAGGCACACGGAAUUGACGUCCCCUCUUUACCUGCAGGAAGGUAAUCUUAAUAUUUACCUGCUAUAUCACUACCAAAUCACCUGGUGCCUGGAUCUGCCUUCACAAUAAAAGCAUGGCAAAGACUCAAUUUUUCCAAAAAGAUUCACAUAAAACUCAAUUUAAAGCAGGAUAGAGUCCAGAAAGACAUUUAGCUUAUUACCUGGGGCUUUAACAGUCAAAAUAUACAAGGUACACUGGAUUUAAGUCAUCUCUUUACUUGGAAUAAUAAAACGUAUACCAAUAACCACCAAAGCACCUCGUGUCACCUUCAAAAUAAAAGCAUGGACAACUCCUCAAAUUAAUACAAAUAAUAACAAUACACUUUAUUUAUAUGGUGUUUUCAAACCAAAUUCACACAAUAAUUAAAUAGCAUGUUUAAGUACACACGGAGAACAAAAGGAACCAAACACAUCAAACACACAAAAAUAAUAAUAGAGGCUCUAAUAUGACGCUCGAACGACUAAGAAAAGACAUGUUUUACUACUGAAAAAUAUAUCCAACACUUAGCUUUACUUAGACUCAGAUCAAAUGAAAUGAAUUUAGAAGGAGUUAUCAGAGCUGCUGCUGUUCAGUCGGGUCCUGUUAUUCCUAAAUACUUGGUACAUUUCUCCUUGGUUGUAAGUCAGCUCGCAGAAUGUGUGUCCGUCUUGUGAGUAAUGUCUGUAUAUUCUCCAUCUGCAGAUCAUAGUUGAAGAUAUAGAAAGCUAAAAAAGAUGUAGAAACGAGGUCUUUUAAAUCCAAACUUGAGCCAAUCUGAUGAUUCCUCCUGUCUACAUUAGAUAAAAAUGUAUGUUUUUAUUUGGGAUUUAGGUUUUAUAAUCAAAUGGAUUCAUUAGGAGCUGCUAACACCAAAAGGCUGCUGCUCUAGCUUAUUGCAUAUACGCUGUUUGUGUGAGUGAAGGACCUUUUUGUAGCUUUUCAUGGGUAGAAGUGUUCAUAUGUGGAUGUUGUCAUUGACACUGGCUUUGGUUCUACGGAAGCCCUGAGGGGCCAAAGAGGAGCAACAAAUUAUAAUAAUUACAAUAACUUGGAUUUAUAAAGCGCCUUUCAAGAACCAAUACUGUGUGUGUGUGUGUGUGUGUGUGUGUGUGUGUGUGUGUGUGUGUGUGUGUGUGUGUGUGUGUGUGUGUGUGUGUGUGUGUGUGUGUGUGUGUGUGUGUGUGUGUGUGUGUGUGUGUGUGUGUGUGUGUGUGUGUCUUUAAGUUUACAUUUCAUAACAACAUUUAAAAUGUAUUCUGUCUGAAAAUUAAAGCAAUUAAUUAUUAUUAGAGCAUUAAAAUAUGAUGACAAAGAACCAUCGUUAACUUGGAGUUUAUUAAAAGGCUGUAUUUUGUUUUUAACAUCAUCAUUCAGUAUCUGACUUUCUUUCUACUUCUUGUUGCUGUUUUAUUCUAACUGCUGCUAAAAUAAAUCCACCUUUUUGCCACAGGUGUGUAGAAGGAGGGUGCUUCUGCUGUCCCCCAGGGGGCGCUGUUACGCCACAUUUUAAAGCAGGUUAUUGUUAACAAGCAUCACGCGCUGCAGGCUGGAGUUGAACCAGUAACCUACAGGAAGUGGACACAUUUCAAUCUCGAAAUUAAAUGCAAAUGAAAUAACUAUGUAAGCAUUAAAUUAAACAGAAACAUUUUUAGUUGAAACAAAUGUUCCAAUGCGUUUAAUUUAAUUUACAGAGAACGUAAUAAUACAUUAUGUUUCAUUUUAAAUGUAAUCGAUUUGUUUGAGUAAAACCUGGAAAUACAAUGAAUUCAAUUCCGACUGAAGCAUAAAAGUAAGAUGGAAAAAUAGAUUUUCUUUGUCCUGUAAUUGUGUCACAUUGUCAUUAUAUGACUGACUUUGUUUUGUACUUAUUUUUGCGGUUUUAUUCUCAUUUCUGCUCAAAUACAUUCCGUUUUUUCCACAGAUGUGUUGAAAUGCUGUGCCACCAGAGGGGCGCUGUUAACCAGUUAGUUGAACAGGUCAUCUAGAAGAAGUGGACAAAGUAAAACCUGACAUGUAUGUAAUUCUACUUAUAAUGUCUGUUUUAUUUUAAUCUCUGCUAAUAUAAAUCGACCUUUUGUCACAGAAGUGCUUACUGGUUGAGCUACCAGAGGGUGCUGUAACCCCACCUUUUAAAGCAGGUAGAUCUUUCAACAACAAGCUGCAGGCUGGAGUUGAACCAGUAAUCUACAGGAAGUGGACUGGAGAUAUAAUGCAAUUCAAUUACCAUAAAAGCCUGAAAUAAUGAGGAAGAUCUGGCGAGCUUCAAAAAAGGUUGUUUUAUUCGAUUUCAUUCAUUAUUAUUAAUUAUUUAAGUGCAGUCAUUUUGUCCCAUUACCAUUUUUCUACCACUUAUUGAGGCUGUUUGCGGAAACGCAUUAAACUGAAGUUCCAGAGAACUGAAUAACAAAGAAGUGUAAUCUAAACAUGUUCAUAAUUAAAGAGUUGAAAUAUAAAGUGAUCUACAGGAAGAGGACAAAGUAAAACCUGCAAAAAUAUAAGUAAUGUUUCUUUUUCUCGGUGUUUUAUUCUAAUUUCUGCUAAAAUAAAUCCACGUUUUGCCGCAGAUGUGCUUACACGGUGUGCCCCCAGAGGGCGCUGUUACACCCGCUUUCAAAACGGGUCAUUUUCUCACAAGGAAUCACGCGCUGCAGGCUGGAGUUGAACCAGUAAAGAAAAUAAUUUUAAUAUUUGUCACACACAGGUCAUAUAUCUCACCAUGUGUCCAGGUGGAAGUCCCCUUUAAAAAGCCCAAACGUCCCCCUUGUGGUGUGUUUAAGAACAAUCAGUGAAAACAGAGAUGAGGCACUAUUACAGUGACUUUGGCAGUGCAGUCUUCAGCCAUUUAGCCUUUAGCUUUGAUGCUCCACAACAACAGGAUGGCGGGGAAUGC